AAUUAAUAUAAAAACAUAUUAUUACCAACUCACAUCACACCCUUUUCUUUAUAUUUCUCAUACACUCCAAUUCCAAACCAAAUUAUAUGUGUGCAUGUACACACUCUUUUCGUUUUUAUUCAAACGCAUCACCACUAUAUACUACUAGAGCAUAGCUACUUGACCAUAUAUAUAUAUAUAUAUGAUCAUCAUGAUGACCGGCUUUUAACAAAUUAAGUUCGAUAUUCAACAUAUUAGUUUUAUUUAUAUGUAAAAAGGGCCAAUACCCACCAUGGCGGUGAACAUAACUUCCAUCAAAACGGCGUCGAAUGGAGUAUGGCAAGGGGACAAUCCUCUAAACUAUGCCUUCCCUCUUUUGAUACUUCAAACCACUUUGAUUCUCAUCCUCAGUCGCUUCCUUGCCUUUCUUCUCAAGCCCCUUCGCCAACCUAAAGUCAUCGCCGAGAUUGUCGGUGGAAUUUUGCUGGGACCCUCAGCCUUUGGACGAAACCAGGAAUACUUACACCGCAUAUUCCCCCAAUGGAGCACUCCCAUACUGGAGUCCGUCGCAAGCAUCGGACUACUCUUCUUUCUCUUCCUCGUCGGCUUAGAGCUCGACCUCAACUCCAUCCACCGUAGCGGUCGGAAAGCCUUUGGCAUAGCCGUAGCCGGGAUAACUCUCCCUUUCGUUUGUGGCAUCGGCGUUGCUUUUGUCCUCCGCAAAACCAUCGAAGGAGCGGACAAAGUCGGUUACGCUCCAUUCCUCGUCUUCAUGGGGGUGUCUCUCUCCAUCACCGCCUUCCCCGUCCUCGCCCGCAUUCUGGCUGAGCUCAAACUUCUUACCACCCAGCUUGGGGAGACCGCCAUGGCCGCCGCUGCUUUCAACGAUCUAGCUGCGUGGAUCCUCCUUGCUCUGGCCGUGGCCUUGGCCGGUGACGGAGACGGUGGGGGCGGAAAAAGCCCCUUGGUAUCGCUCUGGGUGUUGAUAUCGGGGGUGGCUUUCGUGGCGUUUAUGAUGCUGGUGGUCCAACCGGUCAUGAAAUGGGUGGCCAAGCGAUGCUCUUCGGAGCGCGACGUGGUCGACGAGGCGUACAUCUGCUUGACACUGGCAGCGGUCUUGGUGUCCGGGUUCAUCACCGACCUCAUCGGAAUCCAUUCCAUAUUCGGGGCCUUCGUUUUCGGGUUGACUAUUCCGAAGGGUGGGGAGUUCACAGACAGGCUGAUCGAGAGGAUUGAGGACUUCGUGUCCGGGCUGCUGCUGCCGCUUUACUUUGCCUCGAGUGGGUUGAAGACCAACGUGGCUAAGAUCAGUGGCGGGAAGGCGUGGGGGCUGUUGGUGCUUGUUAUCACCACCGCCUGCGCCGGGAAGAUCAUCGGCACAUUCGUCGUCGCCAUGAUGGUUAUGAUUCCAGUUAGGGAAGCCCUCACUCUCGGCGUCCUCAUGAACACCAAAGGCUUGGUUGAGCUUAUAGUUCUCAACAUUGGCAAGGAGAAAAAGGUACUGAAUGACGAAAUAUUUGCUAUACUAGUGUUGAUGGCCCUCUUUACAACUUUCAUGACAACACCGACGGUGAUGGCCAUCUACAAGCCAUCCCGCCGCCGCAACUCCAUUCCCACCCACCGCAAGCUCCGUGACCUGUCGAUGGCUGAGGAAUUCCAAGACGAGCUCAGAAUCCUGGCCUGCGUUCACGGCCCCGGCAAUGCGCCGUCCCUCAUCAGCCUCGUGGAGUCCACACGCAGCACGAAGAAGUCGAUUCUCAAGCUCUUCAUCAUGCAUCUUGUGGAGCUAACGGAGCGCUCCUCCUCCAUCAUUAUGGUCCAGCGAGUCCGCAAGAACGGCCUCCCCUUCUUCAACGUUUUCGGCCGCGGCCAGUGGCACAGCCGCGUUGCCGGGGCAUUCCAGACCUACGGCCAACUCGGCCGAGUCUCCGUCCGACCCACCACUGCCAUCUCGCCACUCUCCACCAUGCACCAGGACAUCUGCCACGUUGCGGAGGAGAAGCGUGUUACCAUGAUCAUCCUCCCCUUUCACAAGCAAUGGAAUGGCGCUGAUGAGGAGUCCUUGGAAAACAUGGGCCAUGGCUGGAGAGGAGUCAACCAGAUGGUGUUGAAGAACUCGCCUUGCUCAGUGGCUGUGUUAGUAGACCGUGGCUUUGGUGGCUCAGGCCUUCAAACUCCGGGUCCUAAUACUACUGCGACCCAAAGGGUCUGCAUUGUGUUCUUUGGUGGACCCGACGAUCGUGAGGCCUUGUUGUUGGGUGGCAGGAUGGCGGAGCAUCCUGCAGUUAAGGUGACCGUUGUGAGGUUCGUUAACAAAGAUGGAUUGGAUGGGGAUGGUGUUACAUUAAAGCCGUCGCCAAACAAGAACACCGAGAUUAGCUAUAGCUUCUCCACCGCCACAAUGAACAGACCGAUUGAGAAGGAACUGGAUGAGACAGCAGUGACAGAGUUCAGAAAUAGGUGGGAUGCUGGGAUAGCAGAGUACGUAGAGAAAAUGGCGACGAGCAACAUCGUAGAGGAGGUCUUAGAGAUAGGGCACAACAAAGAUUAUGACCUUAUAGUAGUCGGGAAGGGUCGGUUCCCGUCUAACAUGGUGGCAGAAUUAGCAGACCGGCAUGCAGAGCACCCAGAAUUAGGGCCAAUCGGAGACAUUUUGGCUUCGUCAGGGCAGGGCCUGGCCUGUUCUGUGUUGGUCAUUCAACAACAUGACUUAGCUCACACCGAAGAGGUGCCAGCCUCAAUGGUGGUUAGCACAGUACAGACUAAUACUACUAGUAGUAGUGGUAAUAAUUCUGUCAAAGAGGUCUCAAGAGACGUUGUGUAGACCAAUCAAGCUGAUUAAUGUUAUAUUUGUACAUGUAAUUUGGCUCCCAAAAGUAACGGUGUCUUGGUUAAAGUGAUGUAUAACUGAUCAUCGUACAUGCAUAUGUAUAUAAUUUGGCCAAGAGAAUAUUUGAUCAAUGUUUAUCUAUAUAUUCAAAUAUUCUGAAAA